AUGCCCACCACCGAGUUUGUCGUUGCGCCUCUGAAGCCAGGCAUCGAGAUUGGCGAGCCCGACAAUGAGGGCGCCAAAGCCAUCAAGGAGUGCGGCGACACGCUGAACAAGGCGGAUGGCCUCCAGCGAGUGCGCAUCGGCACGCAGGUCGAGAACCCCAGCAAUUUCCAGAUGGCCGUCAUCUGGGACCACAUCGACAAGCACAAGGAGUUCAUGGCCCAAGACAGCUACAAGCCCUUCCUCGAGCGCUUCUUGAGCGUCGCGGCCGGCCACCCCGAGAUCAUCCACGCCGACAUGGUGCCCGAGGGCGCCGUCAACAAGGCGUUCGAGGCACCCGUGACCGAGAUCGCCACCUUCUACUUUGGAGGCGAGGCUCCCAGCGGAUACAUCGACGAGGUGUUGAAGUUUGGACAGACGCUCGACAAGGAGCAGCCCGAGGGCUACCAUGGCUCGGCGGUGGGCAUCACGCACGAAGACAUCGAGAAGGACGGGCACAAGGGUAAGGGUGCGGUGUUGACGGUGGGGUGGAGCAGCGUCGACGCUCACCUGAAGUUCCGCGAGACGGAGACGUUCAAGACCCUCGCUCCAGUGCUGCGGAAAGGGGUCAAGACGGCCAACGUGGUGCACGUUGCGUUUUUGAGUGUUGCCCAGUAG